AUGCUUAUUACCAGGAAUCAUCCUCGUCUCGCAUUUCAAAGAGCGAAGAGCGUCUUCGAAAAGAAAAAAAACUAUGACGUGGUUGUCGUUGGUGGCGGGAUUGUGGGAUGUGCGACGGCACGUCAACUACAACUCGACCGACCCGAGCUCCGGGUUGCAGUGAUUGAGAAAGAAGAUCAUCUAGCUCCUCAUCAAAGUGGUAACAAUAGUGGUGUAAUUCAUGCUGGCAUUUACUACACACCCGGUAGCUUGAAAGCGAAAUUAUGCGUCGAAGGUAUGAAAAUGGCGUACGAUUUCUUUGAUCAGCGAAAAUUUCCAUACAAGAAAACGGGAAAACUCAUUGUUGCUGUUGAACCGGUGGAAUUGGAUAGAUUAGAAAACCUUUACAAACGUGGUUUGCAGAAUGGAGUGCCCGAUUUGAAAUUGGUGAAAGCUGAAGAGAUUAAAGAAUACGAGCCGCAUUGCAAAGGCUUAAAAGCGAUUUGGUCACCCCAUACGGGAAUCGUGGAUUGGGGAGCUGUUACGGCAGAAUAUGCAAAAGAUUUUCAAGAAAAAGGAGGAAGUGUCUUGUUGAGCUUUCCGCUUGUGUCAUUUGACGAAAACAAUGAUCCCAAUUUCCCGAUUCGUUUGAAUUCAAAUGCAUCUAAGGGGUCGAUAACUUCGCGUUAUGUGAUCACUUGUGCAGGUUUACAUUCGGAUCGAGUAGCCCAAUUAUCUGGAUGCUCCAGUGAUCCUAAAAUUAUCCCGUUCAGAGGCGAAUAUUUGUUGUUGAAGCCUGAAAAACGCCAUCUUGUGAAAACAAACAUUUAUCCGGUACCUGAUCCAAGAUUUCCAUUCUUGGGAGUUCAUUUUACGCCUAGAAUGAACGGCGAUGUUUGGCUUGGCCCAAAUGCGGUCUUGGCUUACAAACGAGAAGGUUACUCCUAUUUAUCGAUUUCCCCAGGGGAUUUGAUCGAAUCACUUUCUUAUAGUGGCAUGCACAAAUUGGUCCAAAAGUACUUCAACUACGGAAUGAAAGAGCUCUACCGUGGUAUUUACAUCCGGGCGCAGGUUAAACAACUGCAACGGUUUGUCCCAGAAUUGAAGUUCAGUGAUGUGACAAGAGGGCCAGCUGGUGUUCGAGCGCAAGCAAUGGACUCUAGUGGUAAUCUCGUCGAUGAUUUUGUAUUUGAUGAAGCAAAGGGACAAUUUGAUGGCCGUAUUUUACAUGUCCGUAAUGCUCCAAGCCCUGGUGCUACUUCUUCACUUGCCAUCGCGAAAAUGAUCGUCAACAAGGCCAAUGAACUUUUCCAUAUU